AAGGGGAGGUACACAAACCCAAGAUGGCGUCCCGCGAUGAAGCAGGAAAUAUAUUUCGCUUUCAGUAAUAUUCACGUCUGGAGAGGUUUGGUUGGAAGUUUGUUGUUUGAAGAAGGCUGAAAGGAUUUAUUGGCGACUAAAGACAGAGCAGAUACUCUAAAUGGCUGCGAGGAAGUCUGGAUCAGAUCUCCACAACAAUGGACCUGUCAGCUACCUUGAUGAUGUUCCUUUCAAGCUCAACGAGAAGUUCCGCUGCCCAGCAAAAGUGGGUCUGCCCAUUGGCUUCUGUCUGCCCGACUGUAACGCUUUGCUAACAGAGACGCAGUAUGAUUUCAGUCUAGAGAAGCUGAGUGUGCGCUGGGGGGACGACCUGGCCAAGGCACGAGCUGCUGAGGCUCGGGAAGCAGAAUCCAGGCAGGCAGAAUCAGAAAAAGAAAGACAGGCUGCCUUACAAGACUCUGAUGCUGGAUUGGCCGGUGGGAAGAAAGCCCGUCCCGCAGAGGAGCAGGACCUUCUCCCACCGGCACUGAACCCGGUUCUGGCAGGUCUACGGCACAACGCCAUCCUUACUCCACUCCCGGCCCCGAGCUUCGGUCCAGCGCAGCCAGCAGCCAGCAACCCUGCACCUCAGAGCCUCAAUCUAGCCGACUUCGAGCGGGAGGAGGACCCCUUCGACAAGCUGGAGCUGAAGACUCUGGAUGACAAAGAGGAGCUCCGGAGCAUCCUCCAGAGCCAGCCGCAGGCCUCAGCAUCCAUCUCGACUCCUGAAAGCACCGGUGGAGAAGACGGCAGUGCACCACCUCAGCAGACCAAAGUGGGCAUCUUCCAUAAACCCAACGGCCUGGUGGGACUGCUGGACGUUGCAGGCAUUGGUGGUGUGACAACCUCCAGGGGACAGAUUGAUGCAGAGCGCCCUUGUAACAUUCGCUCACUGACUUUCCCCAAGCUGUCGGACCCAGGAGAUUCCCCCUCAGAUCCUCCCUUCACUUUAUAUCCAGCAGCCCCACAACGAGGUUUACCCAAUGGUACUCCUCUAGCCCUGCUGAGAUCCACACCACAGACCAGUUCUACACUACCUGUAGAGUUACCAGGCCAUGCACCGAAUGGCACACCACAACAGUCGAACCCUGUCCCUGUGGCUGGGCCUCCCUCAUACCCAGCAGCUCUGGGUGGAGCCCUGCACAGUCUCUCUCCCAGUGAGCGGCAGUGUGUGGAGACUCUAGUAGGCAUGGGCUACUCUUACGAAGGCGUCCUCAAAGCCAUGCAGAGACAAGGGCAGAACGUCGAACAGGUGCUGGAGUACCUUUUUGUCCACAGUCGAUUGUGCGAGCGAGGCUUUGAUGCCACAGCGGUGGAAGAAUGUUUGGAAAUGUACCAGUGUUCAGAGGAAAAGGCUCUGCAGUUUCUGCAGUUGAUGUCCCGAUUCGGCGAGAUGGGCUUUGAGAGAGACACCAUUAAAGAAGUCCUUUUAGUGCACAAUAAUGACCAGGACAAAGCUCUGGAGGACUUAAUGGCUCGUGCAGCUGCAAGCUGAACAGGAGCGGUGUCUCCUACUUGAUCCGCCCCUCCUUUGCUCCUCAACACUGCGUCCACACACACAGACAGAGAGAGGGAGAGGGAGAGGAAGAUGAAGGGGGGGGGGGGAGUGUGUGAGUAAGAGCAGCAGAGCUAGGGGUGUAGCAACCUGGACAAGUGAACAUGUAUCCCUUAAAAGAAACAAAAACAUGCCCUUCAAGAUAGGGUUUGACUCAUCCGACCUCAGCUCUGAUCCUAUUAAGUGAUCUUUGUGUGAUUGCGGGCAAGAGGACACCAAGCCGUCCUUCUUUCUCCAUCGCCAUAGAAACAAGCGGACAUGGGGCGGUGCCUAGGACACGGGCCUGAGAAGAGCGCCACGGGAGCGUGAUUCCACAAGAAAUGGACCCGCAGCUACAGCGCUGCUAUGUUUUUCAUAAGUGAUGAGAACUUAAUACUUGCUCAUACACAUGCCAUGUCUGAACAGAGACCUUGAAGUGCCCUUUCUGUUCUUGCUACCGCCUGGCUCUCAUUUUGUUUUUCUUCCACCUGUCUCUGCUGUACAUCCUUUUUAAUCGUAUGUUCAUCUGUUGACCUGUUCAACCAGCAAAAACAGCCGUUUUAUUUAAAAUCUUCUUUAUUUGCCCUCUGCUAUAGGAAGUGCAUUAACAGAACUAACGACCCCAGUGCAUCGAGAGAAACGAGGUGACAAAUACGAGAAAGGAAAAAAACUGCAGCCGAAACAGCUUUUACACUGGAAAGGAAAGAGAAACUGGAGUGUUUUCUGCAAAUGCAAUAUUUAUGUGUCGAUGCUUCUUCGUACAGAUGACAUGCAAGGCUGAAAAGGCACAAAGAAUCACAGAUAUUAAUAUAAAGCGUAUUUAAAUUUGUUCAAGAUACACUGACACCUUCAAUCUGUAAUAAAGACUUGGAAAUUCUUUACUGUUAA